AUGGCUUAUAAAAAAAGUCCUGCAGAUUUGAUUAUUCUAUUUUUUUCCCCUUUUUAUUUCCUUCCUCCUGCAGAAGCUGGUGAGAAGGGAACCCAACUUUCCGGCGGUCAAAAGCAGAGAGUGGCUAUUGCUAGAGCUUUAAUCAGGAACCCACCGAUCCUGAUUUUGGACGAAGCUACGAGUGCUUUAGAUGCAGAGAGUGAAAAUGCGAUUCAGGAAGCUAUUUAUGGACAUGUGCAGAAUCACACGGUCCUGGUCAUCGCCCAUCGGCUGAGCACUGUGGAAAAGGCACACCACAUCAUUGUUCUCGACAAGGGCCGUGUGGUACAGCAAGGGACACAUAAGCAGCUGAUGGAAGAAGGCGGCCUUUAUUGCAAGCUGGUGCAAAGACAGAUUCUUGGCUGUGAAACAGGCACGGGGGACAGCUGUCCAGUGGAUGGCGGCUUGGCUAACAUCCAGAGAGGUUCUCCCAAGACAGGGUUGGCAGAAGAGGUAAAGAAGGGACCCCACAUCUGCUGAACUUAGAGAUGCUCAACUGGACCGCCCGGCUGUCAACUGAUCCCAGAAUCGAAUGUUAACAAGGGUCCCCAUCAAACCCCAGAUGGGAGAGUUAUCUUUCAUAGGGCUUCCCGGUCUUCCUUAUCUGAGGGUGGCUAAUUAGAGAUAGCUGUAGAAGAGAGAGAAAACCAGAUGCGAUUCUCUUAAUGGGAUGUGUCUUCUUCUUCCCAUGGAUACCUCUUGCAAACUUUGCUCUUGCCUAUAAGUGGGCAUGGUUUUUAGGGGCGUGCGCCGUAUGGGAGAAUAAGGAUCUUUGACGGAUCUCCACAAGGCAUCAGCACCACGAUGGGCCAGGAUGGAAGCAACGUGCUUGGGAUUGGCGUUGAAGCCAACCGGUUGACUUUGGGAUCACGCUUGGUGCCUACAGAUGUGCUUUGCGCUUCCGCGAAAGUCGAACUGAACCGCCAGAUCUAACGCUCUUUCCACAGGGGGAGCUUGGCUCAUCUGGAAUGUAGAACAUCUGGAUGUGUACACGUUGUCGUCCAGGUCAAUGGUCCUCCGUCGAAGUGUGGUACUCUCUACACCCUGGGAUAGUCGCAAGCUGCGUUAUGCAUGAAGGUUUUCUUAACAAAACCAGCGCUGUUUCAGUUGGGGAGGGGUUAUUUCCGAUUGCUCUCAGAGGUAGCGGUAGCAGCAUCCCCGAUGGUAUUGCAAUAACAUUUCCAGCCAUAACAACAGAGAGAAGGCGAGGAUGGCAUCUGUGGUCUGCAGUGCAUACCUGGAUGGCAAUAAAGGUGGAGAGAGAGCCUCGGUUAGAGGAAAUGGGCAGUUUUAUUGCAGUUUACAUUUUUAUCGCUGGUAUGCACAAUUGCGCACCACCUGGGUUGGGCACCUGAAUAUCCCAACUAGCAAGUCGGCUCUGUUUGCAAAUUAUUUAUUUCUCUAGAACAAAGGUUUUUGUUCUCCUCCUCCUCCUUUUUUUAUGCCUAAAAUCAGUUUUAAAAUAGGCCCAUUCCGCCAGGAAACAUUUCCUGCCCAAUUUUAUGUUCGGAUAUAGAUUCCGCUAAACGUUGCAAAUAUUGAGGGUUACAGUUAUUUUGUUGAGUUAAUUAGUUCAUCAUUAAGCACCAGUUCUCCUGAAUUAUUUUGAUGGGUUUUGUUGUGUUUAAACAAAGAAAAGGGGUGGGGGUGGGGGAAAACCUUUCCAAAUCUAGCUGUGUAAUCUGACCUGUUCUGAUCUAUGACUUUUGCAGCUGGAUAAAUAUUAAGAGUUCUCAGCCAACUAUGUGCUUUAAAAACAAAACAAAACUGUGAAUUGAGAUUGAACAAUUACCCACAAACCCUUAAUCUUAGCAAUUUUGAAAAGGUAAUUUGUUCUCUCUGGGUAGCCUUUCCAGUUGCACUCGGUUGUAAAAAUGACUCAUGCACUUUAUCUCAUUUUAAUUACUUUCUGAUAUUUGGAUGGGCAGAUUUUUGUUGUUAGCAAAAAAAAAGAAGCGCGCGAUAUUUUAGCAAUAUUUUACAACUACUUCACUAAAUUAAACAAAAAAAAAAGACUACCUCUGAUAUUCUACUUUUUGUGUGUGUGUCUUCAAGAAUCUGUCCCAACUUUUA